ACCGCCGAACCAACCGCCAUCUGAAACUCAUGCCCGAAUAGCCCCACCCGCCCCCUACCCCGGGGGGUGGGCAUGUUACGUAUAGAUAGAAUCGAGAGAGGGGCCCCCGCCGGCUGCCAUUCAUUCUGCUGGCGAGGAAUCGAUCCUCCACCCUAUAUGCUAUGGCUAAAAAGGGCAACCUGCCAAUCGAGAUAGAAGGGCCGAGAUCGACUAAUAAUGAUGCAGGAUGGGAUGCCGCCCUAUAGUAACUCUUAUGGCGAUCGAUGUCGGAUUAUAGACGUAAUACGGCCUAGGCCCCCGCGUCACUUUCCACCCACCCAGGGUGGGGGGCGUGUGUGGGGCAGCAGGGUGGGGGGUUCUAUUGCUCCCCCCACCCACCCCGCUACCAUAGAAUUGUAGGGGCCCCCCCAUAGCGGCAAGGGGUGGGGGGGAGGCAAUAGUUCGGGUGGGGGGGAAUUAAUGGUUAUCUCUGUCUUGGUCGGGGUAUCCUCGGUGCCGAAGCAUCCUUGGAAAGGGGUUCGCUUGCGCUUGGGGGUUUGUCCGUUAGGAGUGUUCCGAAGAGGAGGCAUCCCGAGUAGAGGGGAGCACUGGUAGCGUAGCUGUCCCUGCGAGAAAGGGCACUCUUGCUCUGCCUCCGGAUCGGGUUUCCCUCGUCCUUCGGCCCCCCUACUAUCUAUAGGGCCCGGCACUAUAGCUAGAAUUCCCACCCACCGUCCCCAUAGAAUUGUAGGGCCAUAGAAUUGUAGGGAGCCCUUUACGAGCCCUUUAGAAUAGUAUAGUAGGGGGCUAGCCCUACUAUUCUAAGGGGCAUGCAGGGUGGGGGGCAUAGUUAUCACCCUGCAGAAGAAUGGCAGUGUUCAUGGGGAUCUUAGGCGGGCUGCUCAAUAUUGUUACGUUGAGAUCAUAGCUGAUAGCGGGGAGCGGCUGAGAUCAUAGCACGCACCCCUUUCUUCAUUCAUUAGUCCCCAUUCCCACUAGGGCAUUUCAUCUUCUCCCCGUAGGGCCCUGGCGGCCGGCGCCCCACUAUUCCCCCCCCCCACCCGGGCCCCGGCACUAGAGUAGGGGGGCUGGCUAUGGCCCAAACUAUGGGCGGAUAGUCGGGUCGGAGCAAAAAACGAGCCUUGCUCUCUCCCCUUUCCAAAUCACUCGCUCUCAUGACGACUCCAAAUGGUAAGUCCCGACCGCUCACAGUAGUAGUACCGAUAGAGAAGAUAAUGAAAAGGGCGAUGAGAGCGGUACCCGAAUCCAUUUACGAUCCCGAGUUUCUGGACACAUCGCACUUCCGCCCGGGUCGAGGCUGCCACUCGGCCCUAAUACGGAUUAGAAAAGAGUGGGGCUAUUCGAAUUGGUUCUUGGAAUUCGGCAUCAGCAAGUGUUUCCACACCAUCGACCGACAUCGACUCAUCCCAAUCCUGAAGGAAGAGAUCGAUGGGGGGGCGGGAAAGAAUAGUUUGUUCUUUCGCCCCAUCCAUAAACGAGGACCCCUAUCCAACCUAUCUAUAGUGGGGGCGGGGCCCCUACUAUCUAUAGGCCAGCGGGAGAGCACUCGCCCCCCCACCCCUACCCCCACCCCCGCCCCCACCCCUACCCCUAUCUUGAGAGGCGGAGGCGGAGGCCCCCUACCCCUAUAUUGCGGUCGAGGAGGACGAGGGGGAGGGCCCCUAUCCACCCUUUCUAUAGUGGGGGGGGGCUCUCGACCGGUAGGGAGAGGAGAUCGAGGACCCUCGACCGAUAGGGAGAGAGGGAUAGGUCACCGCCCUUCCUCCGUCCUACUCUCGGCCCUACUGGGCAACAUCUACCUCCACAAGCUCGAUCAGGAGAUAGAGAGGAUCCAACAGAAGCACGAAAUUCCGAUUGUUCAGAUCACCAAAUUGGUUCCUAGUGACCAUCCCGAUGACCGAUAUGCACUCAAUCGACGUAAGGCCCUCGACCGGGAACUCAACCGACGACGUGAGGCACUCGCAUUUUUGCAAGCGGGAGUGAGCGAUGGCGAACCGCUCGUCCGACCCUCUCCCCCCUAUCCUAAUCUUGGGGCUUGGGAGGACGAGGGUCCGAAGGACCUCGACCGACAGGGAGAGCGGUUCGCUACGCUCACUCCUCGACCUCCUCGUCCUAUCGCCCUAUCUAUAGAAGGGGUGCCGCCCCCCACCCCCCCCUUCUAUAGCCCUUUCUAUAGUGGGGGGGUGGAUAGUUUGGAUAGUUGCCCUCGACCUGUCGGUCGAGUGCUCUCCCGCUGGCCUAUAGAUAGUAGGGGCCCCAGAGGGGGCGCCUUUCUUUCAAUAGGGGUCCCUCGAUCUAUCGCCCUAUCUAUAGCUAUUUUAGAGAGGUGGGGGGUGCCCCCUACUAUGGAUAGGGUGGAUAGUGUCCCUAAAGGCCCUCGAUUUCUGCAGCAGAAGAGUGAUUCACUCCUUUUUAAUUACGCUCCGUUCACCCACGAGAAUCCGCCUAUAGUUCCCACCCUGCUUCCUUAUUCUAGCAGGCUAAUUAAUAAGAACUCUAGUUGGGAGGCCCUUUAUCUUCCUCCUAAUUCCCACCCCUAUUGGUCGGUCGAGUGCCCCAUAGGGGGCCCUCGAUUGAGAAAUCAAUCGAGUGGUUCGCUAUCGCUCACCCCUCUCCCUAUCGCCCUAGGGGGGCCGCCCCCCGGGGUGGGUGGGAGGAGGAGAGGCAGGUUAGAUCUGGAUAGUUCGGAUAGUUGCCCUCGAUCUCCUCGACCCAACCAAACCCAACCCACCCCCCCUACCCCCACCCCUCCCCCUACCCCUAUCUUGAGAGGCGGAGGCGGAGGCCCCCUACCCCUAUAUUGCAUUGGGGGCGGGGGCGGUCGAGAGCCCCCGCAA